UGCGGAUAACGCUCCGACAACAAACAAAAGAUCGAGGCUAGCCGAGCUCAUUAGACUCUGUCGGUCCGUCUAGCCCUACGUCGCGGCUCUCUCUGCUCCUCUGCCCGCUCACCGCUCUCCUCUGACCCAGCGCGGUAGAUCGUCUCCUCCCGGUGUCUCUAUUUGUGGCUUCGUGUCGCCUAAUGUCAACCUGAGCCGUUUCAGAGAUCGCCUCGCCUCCGCUGGCCGAGCUAAGCGCGCUAGCCAGGUUAGCUGCUCGGCUAACAGCUCUGGCUGCCUCCCUGCGAACAGCGAAGCCAGUUAGCUUAGCCUGCUAGCUAGCUAGCUUUGCUAAACCCCUUUAAAACUUGACACUGACGGACCCCAGCGGCUCCGGCUUGUUGCUGACAAGCCAUUUUACUAAAACUCGUGUCGUAGCCAUGUCUGGACAGUCGUCGGGCUGCGGGUUUCUGAUGUCGGUUGUCGUCCACGGAGACUCAGUUCUGAACGAGCAAGAAAAGGAGCUGAACCAGCGGCUCCGGCGGCUCUAUCCAGCCGUAAAUGAAAACGAGACUCCGCUGCCUCGCUCCUGGAGCCCGAAGGACAAGUUCAGCUACAUUGGUCUCUCUCAGAACAACCUCCGUGUGCACUAUAAAGGUCAUGGAAAAACCCCCAAAGAUGCAGCGUCUGUCCGGGCCACCCACCCCAUCCCAGCUGCCUGCGGGGUCUACUACUUCGAGGUGAAGAUCAUCAGUAAAGGCCGAGAUGGGUACAUGGGCAUCGGCCUGUCAGCUCAAGGCGUAAACAUGAACAGACUCCCUGGUUGGGACAAACACUCAUAUGGUUACCACGGAGACGACGGCCACUCCUUCUGCUCGUCCGGCACCGGGCAACCCUACGGACCUACGUUUACAACGGGCGACGUGAUUGGCUGCUGCGUUAACCUCAUCAACAACACCUGCUUCUACACAAAGAACGGCCACAGCCUAGGUAUUGCCUUCACAGACCUUCCACCCAACUUGUACCCGACGGUGGGCCUUCAGACUCCAGGGGAGGUGGUGGACGCAAACUUCGGACAGCACCCGUUCGUCUUUGACAUUGAGGACUACAUGCGAGAAUGGAGGACAAAGAUUCAGGCCCAGAUCGAUCGCUUCCCCAUCGGAGAGCGCGAGGGCGAGUGGCAGUCCAUGAUCCAGAAGAUGGUCGCUUCUUACCUGGUUCACCACAGCUACUGUGCCACAGCCGAAGCCUUUGCCAAAUCCACCGACCAGGCCGUGCACGAGGAGCUGGCCUCCAUCAAAAACCGACAGAAGAUCCAGAAGCUGGUGUUGUCGGGUAGAAUGGGUGAAGCCAUCGAGACCACCCAGCAGCUCUACCCCAACCUCCUAGAGAGGAACCCAGACCUUCUCUUCAUGCUCAAGGUGAGGCAGUUCAUAGAGAUGGUGAACGGGACGGACAGCGAGGUGAGAUGUCUGGGAGGUCGCAGCCCCAAGUCUCAGGACAGUUACCCCGGCUCCCCCCGGCCCUUCAGCAGCCCCAGCCACAAAGCCAGCAGCUCCCAGCCCUACCUCUCAGGGUUUGACAGUAACUGCUGUAAUGGUGUGACGUCUAACAAGAGCCACAGCUCCUCCCCCCACAGUCAUAAGCCCUGCCCCCCAGGCUCUGGCUCCGCCCCCCCACCGACUGACAUUAGCCUCAACGGGAGUCGUAGUCAACAGCCCAUAACCAGUAACGAUGUGGACAUGGAGGUCGACCACUUCACCAACGGAGUGACAGAAUCAUCCUCCAACGGUUUCCUCAACGGCACCUCCAAACACACUGCCGAGCCCGACGACUGUGACGCCGACAUGGAGGUGGAAUCUGCUCAGUCCAAGAGGCAGCUGUGUGGAGGGAGCCAGGCGGCCAUCGAGAGGAUGAUCCACUUCGGGAGGGAGCUCCAGAGCAUGAGCGAACACCUCCGCCGUGAGUGUGGCAAGAACUCGGCCAACAAGAAGAUGCUCAAGGAUGCUUUCAGCCUGCUGGCCUACUCGGACCCCUGGAACAGCCCGGUGGGCUACCAGCUGGACGCCAUCCAGAGAGAGCCGGUCUGCUCCACGCUCAACAGUGCAAUAUUAGAGACUCACAACCUGCCCAAGCAGCCGCCGCUGGCCCAGGCCGUGGGUCAGGCCGCCCAGUGCCUCGCCAUCAUGGCUCGAACCGGCAGCGGCUCCUGCGCCUUCGCCUCCGUGGACGACUACCUGCACUAGCCCCGAGUACAACACCUACUCUCUCCGAGGGCCUGUCCAGAAACGCUUCCGCCCACCUCCUCCAUCAUCGUAGUCCUAUUAGCCAAGGAGAUGCUCCUCUGCACGACGCAGUAGAAAGUCCACCAUCUCACUCGCUUCUCGAUCUGCGACGCCAACGAGGAUCCGGAGUCAUUUCUGGGCAGAUCUCUGGAGCGCCGACACACUGCAUACAUUUAAAACUCAGAUGCCACCUCCCUCCCUGACGUAAAUAUGAAACCACGCCUCCACCACCCUCUCCUCCAGCUGACACCAACGGCGGCCGAGAGCAGUCGACUUGAAAACACUCAGAGAGCCGAACUAGUGCAGACUCGCCACAGAUACCAACCGGGGCAGAUAGACUGGCAAAAAAUACAAAUAAAACCCCGGUCAAACAUAAAUGGAAAAAAUACGGAAAAAAACAUCCAAAAAUAGAACGGACGAGUGUCCGACCACCCUUUAUUGUGGUCACUGCAAACCAGGCAAACACACAUCCAACAAACAUGGAGGCAGGCUGGAAACCUCCACCAGACUCUACGAGGCUCGUUAUGGACGGCCGACUCCCCUUCACCGCCUCCCUGCUCCACUCCCCCCUCCACUGACUUCAGGAAAUCGGCGGAGACUCGUGCGACGCAUGUGGACUCGGGACUUCGAAGAAGCCGGAGAGAAUCUACCGUCUCGACUCAACGUUCCGUUUUUAACCUUCUGUUUAGUUUUUGUUGUUUCUCGGGCGAUGUGGGGGAAGUGGGGAGGCGAGGUCACCUGGCUCGUUUUGUUUUUAGUUUCUCCAGGUUUACGAGGCAUGGUGCAGACGACGAUUAUUAUUAUUAUUAUUAUUCUAAUUAUCAUUAUAUUAAUUAUUGUUACUUGCAUUCACAGUAUAUUUGUUGAGAACCAGCAAGAGCAAGUUCCACCAACUUAUUAUAAUAAAGGUCCCGAUUCCACCGAUUCCCAGUGACGAGCGUAUGUACAUGUUAGCGUUUAUAUAUGAAUUUAACAAAAUGGAAUUAUAUCAAUAGAGCGACAUAUUUAGUUAUCAAAUGAAAGGAAAUCACUGAAAAAAACAAUCCUUUAAGUGUUUGUACUGACAGCAGUGACCUGAAGCUGCUGCUGGAUCCGGGUCCCGUUCGGUCGUCUUCAGGGCUCCUGCACAGGAGGAAGACUGACGUGUUUGACCGUUUUCCAGCGCUGUAAAGUUUUGGAAACUGCGCUCAAGUCAGAGUUUUAGGAUUUCACAUGUUCUGGUUGCUACCUUGCUAAGUUUGUUGGAGAGAAUCUUCAACCCCUUCUGGACAAAGUGUGGGUUCUCUGGGAUGGAACCUGCGUAGGAGCUCUGCGAUGCUCCUCUCCUCGUUAACCCCCAGCUGCACAGCAGGUUUGAUGCAAACGUUGUUAAUCUUUAUUUUCGUAUCGAUGUCUAUGCUAAUCUUUUACCCACAAAGAACUCAGGAGCCAAAAUGUCCCUUUGUUCGUCCCCCUCGGUUCCGAACAGUAACCCGACCCCGUGCCUCAGUCGGAGGUGGACUGAACUUUUCAUACUUGAAUUCAGAACAGAGUAGCCGAGCCGCUCCACGAGCUCAGCAGUUGAUUUAAAGUCGAACUGAAAUUUGAAUCAGUUUCCUUUUUUUAGUGUCUAUGAAGAAACACGUAGAUGGCAGAGCAGAGGAGGAACAAAAACGCAUGGAAUUAGCGGCUAAUGGCAGAUUUAAACCCGACGUCUCUGUCUGCUGAGUCAGAAUAUGUCCUGACUGGAUUUGAAAAUGGAACCGACUUCAACUCUGUCAACGUCUGUGGUUAACUGACUGCAAGACGUCAUAUUCCUGUAGAAACACCAGUACAAGACAUUUCAAGCGUCAGUCUUUAGCUGUUAGCACUUUAAGCUAGCUAGCUAGCAUCCGAUGUUAGGGAUUACUGUUAUGUUUGUAUUCCACUAAGUUAGGCAAGGCUAAUUAGCAUAGCUUGCUAACCUCAUCACAGAUUCCCGCAAUUGUUGUUAUUUUAAUGCCUGAUGAGUCGUUAGCUAGCACCUAGCUAUUGUUAGCUGUCUGUCUUAGUAAGUGGCUGUUAGAACAGAGUCACAGAUCCUGUUUGUUCCUGGUUUCUGUGAUCUGAGUGCUAAUAAGGCUCAACAGUAAGGAAAAACAGAAGCAGAAAAGAGUGGAUGACAUGCUAACGUUAGCCCUGAACGUUUAGCAUCACUUGGUAAUCUGAACUUCCUGGUUUUGGCUCGUAAAUAUCAGCAUGUUCAUCAUGGCGGCUCUGAUGAGUCGGUGAACAGUUUGAGAGGUUUCAGAUCGGAUCCCUUCACCGACUGUCUGGAGAAUCAUCCUAAAACUCCGGCUCCGUGAGCUCAUCCUGAGAACUGAUGCACAUGUAGAAGAUCAACAAGUCUUUUAUGGAUCAAACAUUCUCCUGUUGAUCUGUUGCUGUAUCAGGACAGAAGAUAUUUGGUUUGAGGAUCAGAUCGAUGCAUCGUUCAUUUUAAACCUGACUAGACGGUAGCAGAGUGAAGUGUUGAUCUGCAGCACCGUACGAUCUGGCUUUAGUGUUUUUUAUGUGGUUGGAUCAGCGUCCUCUGAAACCAGAACAACACACAGCAAACAGACAUCCACUGAUCGCAGCAAAAACCUCAUUUUAAUUUCAGGUCGACUUUAAUUUGAAGGAGCAGAAGUCACAUUUCUUCAGUUUUUCUGAUAUUUGACAAACAUGUUAAACAACAUUCAGGUAUGAAAAGUCCUCCAGUCUUCCGGUUUCAACGAUCCAUGUUCCCCAUCAGAGGAGAACUCUGCUGGGUCCUGAUCCUUCUCUGGUCUUUAGCAAAGCAGAAAGAGAACCCUUUUAAAUCAUCACAUCCAACCAGAUAGUUGUCGGACGGUGAGUCGAGGCUUUAGACCCGACGUCCAGCUUCUCCUCGUUUCCCCUCCAGCGGUCCACAGCUGACAUUUCUCCUCACGGUGGAACCCAGCUUUUCUCUACCUUUGGUUUGGUUUUCUCUUUUGUUUUUUUUUUGCGGAUCGUAAGCAGUCACGGCAUCGUUUAGAAAACUUCUUAGACAAAGUGUCUGUUGUCUCUUUCUGAGUAAGGUCUGAACCUAUGCAUGCCAUAGUAAAGUGGUGGUAAGAUCAAGUUAGAUGUCUCUUAUUUGAUUCUUUUUGUUUCUCCUUCUUUUAGCCAGUUCACGGUGUAUAAGGAAGAUGUCAACCAGUAAACUGUCCACUGCUGACUGUGUGUCCAUUUGGAGAAAAAAAUGUGCAAUUUGUGUGAGGGUGAAAAGAUUUCUAUUAAAAAUGAGAAAUGCUGAGA